AUGGUCGCAGACGAUUUGUAUGAAAAGGCUCUGCCUGUACUGCAGGAUGAUGCCUUGGACGAGGAGGACAAGACGGACAAGCUCGAGGAGCUCAUGCGCAAGGAGACCAAUCUUACGGGCAAGUCUCUCGAGAACAUUGUCCUUGACUGCCUAUGGCGUUACCGCGAUGCUGGCAGCUCAUCCAGCUCUCCACCCAGCCGCCAUACCGUCAUCCGCCGGCCAUCGCCAGCCCCGUGGCAGGCCAACCGCGCCCCAACUCCUGUAAACAACUCUCCACGCAUGAUACAUCCCCCUCCAGGCUUUGGAAUAGGGCCCCCUGGCUUUGCGCGCACAAAGUCUUCAACCGCCUCACCUUUUACUUCCCCACGGCCCUCGCCACGGCUUGCUUUUUCAACACCCCAUAUUCCCCACAGCCCCAGCCUGAGCGCAUACCAAUUCAGCGAAUGCGCCAGCCCGAACACAGAAACAUAUGGUGAUCUUGAUACACACUCGGUGGAUUGGCUAGUCAACGAGGACAUUGCAAGCACCGAGUCGUCGUACGUAGGCGAUGGUACGCUCAAUGGUGCUGCCGCUGAAUGGGUUCAGCCGCAAACUAUGGACAUGGGCCCCUAUGACAUGUUACGCUCAAUCCUGCGCGACGACCGGUCAGACGAGGAGUUAGAAAAGGUUCUUGAGGCCAACGGCUACGACCUCAGUGCUGCUUUGCUUGCGUUAAUGGGUCAGCAGAUGGAGGUGUCACAGCUCCCCGCUACCCCUUCUGAACACUCUGGAUAUCUCAUUGGAAAGUCCAUGGCCCCAACUUUUAGGCCUGCUACGCCAAUUGGGCAGCAAAAGAGCAACAUUGUGUGCAAGUACUUUUUAUCCAACGGUCAUUGCGCUAGGGCGGAUUGCCGGUUCGCUCAUGACACAAGCAAGACUUUGUGCAAAUACUUUCUCAACGGUAAUUGUCUGGCUGGAGAUACCUGUCUGUUCUCACAUGACCCUUCUGCUCUCAUGGCUCGUAUGGCUAUUUCUGAUGCCUCAACCUCACCACUGCCCAAUUUUCAGAUGUCCGACUAUGAAUUCCCCACUCUUCACUACAAUGGCUCUCCCCUAGGUACACCGUCUAUAUCAACUACCGAAGCAACUGCCUUGGAGCAACUCUAUGGUUUUACGAGUGGCGGUCCUACGCGCCCUCCACCCGGUCUUAGCCCCUAUGCUAACUUCACGCCUGGAGUCGGCAGUCGGCCGCAGUCAAGGACAGGCAGUCGUCAAGUUUCCCGUGCAGCCACACCCUCUGUGCUUGCAGUCGACGAUAAAGAUGCUUUUCCUGCCUUGGGCUCUGCUGCAGCUGCAAAGACUGGAAAGCGACACCACGGAAAGCGUGGUGGUCAUGGCAACAAGGAUACUCCAGGACCAAACCUCGCAGACGUUGUCCGCAUGUCGCCCUCGCCAGCUCCUGCAACUCCCGUUCGAAAGGGUCUACGACCAGCCAAGAGUUUCAAUGGGUCUCGCGAGAAUAGUGCGGCUGCACAGGCAAUUCCCGCUCCCCAGCACAUUCCGUGGCUAGUCACGGGUGAGAAGGGUAAUCAAGCAUAUCUCGAUGCUCGUGCCGAGGCUUUCAAACAUGGCAGUCUGCGUAAUAAGUUUUUGCAGAGUGCUGCACAGGCCUGGAACCGUAGUGACUCGCGCGCGGCCAAGGCUCUUAGCCUUAGAGGUCAGACUGAGAACAACCUGAUGCGUGAGGCUCACCGGGAAGCCGCCCGUAUUCUAUACGAAGACCGCAACAAGGACAAUGAUAGCGAGAGAGAGCUGUAUGUUGAUCUUCAUGGUUUACAUCCAGAUGAAUCGGUAUCGUAUCUCGAAGGUAUUCUGCUGAAGCAUAGCUCGUCGUCCCGUCCGGUUUAUGCCAUUACUGGAACUGGCCACCAUUCAAAGAAUGGCAAGGACAAAGUAGGAAAGGCUAUCCGAGGUUUCUUGAAUGAGUGGAGAUAUGCUUUCCGUGAGUUCUCUGUGCCUGGCGACCGUAACAAUGUCGGUGGCAUUCUUGGUAUCGACCCGAGUAGCUAUGACAAAUCCGUCGCGGAGCGGGCAAAGGAGUCAGAAUCGGAUGCAGACAGUAAGAAGGACACCAAGAUCCGCAUCAUGAAGAGGGAUGAUGUGGGGGAUGUACCGAAAGGGCCGAAGCAGACUGCUUAA